CCGCCGCCCCGUGUCGUCCCGGCGCGCCCCCAACCGCGGCCACCGCCCCCGGCCGGCCGGUCAGCAAGCCGACGAGCAGCCUCCGCGCCCGGCCUCCGUGAGGGGGGCACUCGGCGGGACCCUGAGCCUCGCCCUCGCGCGCUGCGGCCGUCCGCGCCUCCUCGAACGCCUGCCCGGCAUGAAAACCAAGUUCUGCAACGGGAACGAGACGGAGCCCUCGCCGCUCGGGCUGCUGCUGAGUUGCGGCGGCGGCAGCGCGGCCCCGGCCCCCGGAGUGGGGCAGCAACGCGACGCCGCCAGCAACCUCGAGCCCAAGCCUCUGGGUGGCCGGCAGCCGCCGCUCGCACUGCCCCCGCCGCCGCUCCCGCUGCUGCCCCUGCCCCCGCCCCCGCCGCCGGCCGACGAGGAGCCCGAGCCCCGGACGCGGCGCAGGGCCUAUCUGUGGUGCAAGGAGUUCCUGCCGGGCGCCUGGCGGAGCCUUCGCGAGGACCAGUUUCACAUCAGUGUCAUCAGAGGUGGCCUCAGUAACAUGCUGUUCCAGUGCUCCUUACCUGACACUAUGGCCACCAUUGGUGACGAGCCCCGGAAAGUGCUCCUGCGGCUCUACGGCGCGAUUUUAAAGAUGAGGUCCUGUAAUAAAGAGGGAUCCGAACAAGCUCAGAAAGAAAAUGAAUUUCAAGGGGCCGAGGCCAUGGUCCUGGAGAGUGUUAUGUUUGCCAUCCUUGCAGAGCGGUCGCUGGGGCCCAAGCUGUACGGCAUCUUCCCGCAAGGCCGCCUGGAGCAGUUUAUCCCGAGCCGGCGAUUAGACACGGAAGAAUUAAGUGUGCCAGAUAUUUCUGCAGAAAUAGCUGAGAAAAUGGCCACAUUUCAUGGUAUGAAAAUGCCAUUCAAUAAGGAACCAAAAUGGCUUUUUGGAACAAUGGAAAAGUACCUAAAUCAAGUGCUGAGAAUUAAGUUUACCGGAGAAACUCGGAUGAAGCAGCUGCACAGAUUUCUCAGUUACAACCUGCCUUUGGAACUGGAGAACCUGAGAUCAUUGCUUGAAUCCACUCCAUCUCCAGUUGUGUUUUGUCAUAACGACUGUCAAGAAGGUAACAUCCUGUUGCUGGAAGGGAAAGAAGAUUCUGACGGGCAGAAGCUCAUGCUCAUUGACUUUGAGUACAGCAGCUACAAUUACAGGGGAUUCGACAUUGGCAAUCACUUCUGUGAGUGGAUGUAUGAUUACAACUAUGAAAAGUACCCUUUUUUCAGAGCAAACAUCCUCAAGUACCCCACCAAGAAACAACAGCUCCAUUUUAUUUCCAAUUACUUGGCUGCAUUCCCAAAUGAAUUUGAAAACCUCAGCAGUGAAGAAAAGGCCAUUAUAGAAGAAGAAAUGUUGGUCGAAAUCAAUAGGUUUGCCCUUGCGUCCCAUUUCUUCUGGGGACUUUGGUCCAUCAUACAGGCCAAGAUUUCAUCCAUUGAAUUUGGGUACAUGGACUACGCCCAAGCAAGGUUUGAUGCCUAUUUCGACCAGAAGAGGAAGCUGGGGGUGUGACUGUGGGGAUGACGUCAUACACUUCAUCCCUGGACUGCGUGGGGCGGCCGAGCCUGUGGGCCCCUCUGCUCCGUCCCCCUGUGCUCCGACCGCUGCAGGAAGGCUGGGGUGUUGCUGCCGCACACAGACGUGUAUAUGAAAGACUGUAUUAAAAUUGAGUAACAUUUAUUCCAUAUCCUGUUUACGAUUUUACUAGGACUCUGAAAUGAGACCGGGCAGCAGAAAUCUAGUACGAUAGUGCAAUAUCUCGGAUUCCUUUUAACCUAGUGGGCAUUUCAUUUCUGGGGCCUGCAGCUUUCCGUGAGACAGGGCAAAACAGCAAGAGUCAACGGUGUUACCGCAGGUGCGUUUUUGGGUUAACGUUGAUUUUUUACAGGAUUUUGAUUACCCUGCUGGUGAGCACUGCACCAGUCUCUCUGUAGGUAACAGUAUGUAGACACGGCUCACCUCCGAGGGGGGCGAUUGACAGGACAGACUGGGACGUUGCUCAGCAACCUGCCUGCGCAUCUCCAGAAGCUGCUCCUUCAUCCUUAUGGUCCUGGUGGCUGAUGCUGGAGGCAGCAGGCUGUGCCUGGCACUGCGAGCCGGUGGGUGGGAGCUGCUGUGGCUCCUCGGGACCUGCUGAGCCUAUUGUGAUACUGACGAAGCUUCCCUAAGGGGAUGCAGCCUCUGCUGCGCCUUCUGGGAACUGAAUGUGCUGUCAGCCCCGCCUUUGGGCAGACAGUGAGCCGCGGCCACAGAGGGCCCAUGGCUGGACAAGGGGCAGCGGGGGGACGUGCUCACACCGCCCCCCCACCCCCAUCUGCCUUCCCCGCAGGGAGCAGGCUGUUCUGUCCCCCACUCGGCCUUUUCUCCACGACUCUCCUCAACCUGGAACUGGGGUCCUGUGACAGGGCUGGCAGCGCCACGGACCCUCAGGAGCCACCUGCUGCCCUUGGCAUCCAGCCUGGGCUCUGACAGCUGUCCCUGCCCUCACUGCUCCCUGAUGCCCCUGAUGUGGUCGUUCUGGUGGGAAAUGCAGCCUGUAUGUGGCAUGUGGGGGCGUGGAUAGAGUAUAGCUGUGAAAUUCCUGUACAUUAAAUGUCCUUUGGAAUAAAUUUUUUUUUGACUCUAAA